AAUUAUGCGAUUAAUCACGAUUAAAUAUUUUAAUCGAUUGACUAGUUAAUACCACUACACCGUUGUGUUUCUUUUAUUUGCUUCAUAAGGAGGGGAAAUGUCUUGCAGUCUGUUUACAGUGUGACUCUGUCCUCUAGUGGAUGAAAGUGGAAUAGUGUAGUUGUAAUAGUGGGGCUUUUUAAGUGGGCUUUAUCAUGGUGAGUUAGCAUAAAAAUGACUUAAGUUAUAUAUUUUGAUUAAAAAUAAUUCUGUGUUGGGAUAUUAUCCAACAGUAAUGGAGUGGUUAGUGGUGUUUUCUUGCCAUGAAAACUAUGCAGAGAUGUGAAUGUUGUCAUAUGGCCAGUCAGGAAGGAUCUGGAGCUGUCAGAUGUUUCUAGAAGGGAGAGAACAGGUGUUAUAUAUAUGUGGCUCUAGCAGCCCCCCAACCAGAACCAGCAGGCCGCUCACAUAACAAACCACAGCAGCAGAAGAAGAAGAAACAGCAAGAGAGACUCAUUUACAAAUGACGGAAACUAAGAGAGCUGGUCUGGAGACCAAGGGGGGUAAAGCCAUGGCCUUCCAGUCUCCAAAAGAGAUGUUUGAGAAGAUGGAGGAAUCUUUUAAAAUCUGUGCCUGUUGCGAGAAGCAGCCGAAUCAACUUUCAAACCCACAGAGCCUGAAGCGUUGUGCCAGAUGUCUAAAUGUUUACUACUGCUGUAAAGACUGUCAGAAGGAGGACUGGCCCAAACACAAGAAGUUCUGCUCACAGCUGCGUCUGGCUGCCAUUGACAGAGUUGUGGAAUGGCUUUUAUUCAAAGGAUGCCUUCCAUUCCCUACAGAGAAAUGGUCAAAGCCCCACUCAGAGGUUAAAGGCUGGGAUGACUGGCUUGGGAUGCAGGGAGAUCUCACAGCUCGCCUCAAUCCCAUUUUAAACGGAGCGAACAUGAAAGAAUUGUGGACCAACGCUGGUAGAUCUCAGCCUGACGACGAGGACCUGAGGCAGUCGCUGUGGAGGGUCUGCAGCGAGUUCUUCUCCAGGCCAAUGACCAUCGCCUUGGCGAUGAGGCUGUACGGCCUCAACCCUCACUCCAAACCUCUCACCGUUCACGUGGUGGGAGCGGGCCAAAGUGAGACACUGGGAGCCAGACUGACCGACUAUGACGAGCUGAACAACAUGUUCCCUGAACACCAGGGUAUCGGGAUAGUCCUGGUGGGACCGGAGGUGGUGAACGGCCCCAUCGUGAGACCUCCUCUCAGCGGGGCCGGACCCAGGCAGAGGGUCUACGUCAGCGCCUACAAGGGCCUCUACCACCAGUUCUGGGAGGAGCUGGUGGAGACAGAGGAAGCAGCCAAACCAGACCUGGUGGUUGGAUUUCACCCUGGAUUUGACGCCAGUCAGGGUCUGGAGGAGGGUUGGCUUCCAACACUGCUGCUCCUCAGAGAUUAUGAGAUUCCUUCCCUUUUCACUGCUCUCAAUGAGACGGAGAUGACCUACUCCCUGCAGAUCCUGUUGGAGCUGGAGAUGGACAUGAAGGGAAGCGGAGCCAGCCCCUUCGCGUCCCUGAAACCAGAAGUGGUUGGCUCCUCUCCCAACAAGCCUCCCGACUACUGCAACUCCCACUACUUCUGUUUCCAGGGUCUGCUGGAGACGGCGGAGCUUGAGGACCCAGAGGAGGCCUGAAGGAGGCCUGAAGGAGCUAAGUGCUUAACACACACACACAAACUGCUGUCUCACAACUGGAACUCUGAUAUUUUUGGACUAUGAAGUAUUGUCUGUAUAUGCCUAUUUAUUCUUACAAUUAAAUCAUGUAAUAAUGUUUUAUAAAAUGGUGUGUGAAUACAUAUUAUUGUUGAAACGUUACUUUGGUGACAGCUAUGAGAGUGCUAUGACAUUUGCAUUCACUAUCUCAUCUUCAUCUUGCAACUGCAGAGUUGUGAGAUUUUAAUAUUCUGUCUCUGAACUAUUGUUGUGUUAUCAGAGAGGCAAUAAAACUUUGCAGAAGCAGUCAAAUGUCUACUUAUAUUAAAUGAAAUGGUUGAAUUAUUAAAUACGAGGGAGACUGCAUUAUCCACUCUGGUUUAACACA